GGAACGACUUUCUAGUAGGGGAGCGUCUCAUCCAGGUGCCACGGCGAGACACCAUCAUCAGGGAAAAUAACGUCUCAAAUUUGCAUCACGUAGCACAUAGGUUAGGUGCCCAAGUUGGCCUCAUUACCGCUCUCUUUCACACCCGGCUCGUCGUUGACCUCCCCACGAAUGCACAACCCCUCUAGCUGUGGUACGCCCGCUAGUGCACAUACCUACUACGUACCUGGGUGGCAUAGGUAUACCUAUCAAUCGAAUUUCCGUGGAUCUACGCCGAGGCCUACCUCCUCUCCUGGGAGGUGCCUGAUAAAUAAUACCUACAACGUAGAACCUCAGCGUGCGCUUGGGGCAAGAGACUAAGACAUACGUACCUAUUUCGCAGAUUAACGCCCGGCUACCCCUCAAUUUUUCCGUCUAUGAACUCUCGCCAUUCCGUAAAUACAUGACUUUAUGAUCCAGCCAUCUUAUCGCCGCCUCUUCUUUUGCGUGUCUCCCGCUUUAAGAUCCGCUAGGCGCAUUUACGAAGAGAACGCGCGAAAUGGCACCGGAAACCACAAUGUCAGUCACGGUCCCGACGACCGCGCCCCCGCCAUUAAAUGUGCUAAUGAUCGGGACUGGUGAAUACACCACUGGCUUUGUCGGCGGCGGCGCGUCGGGAUCCGAUAAGAAGGUCGGGGUAGUUGGCCUAUCUCUGUUCGAUCUUCGAAGGAGGGGAAAGGUGGCUAGGCUGGGAAUGGUGGGCGUGAAUGGGACUAAAUUCCCGGCUAUCAGACAACAUCUCGACACCAAUAUCUCCAAGGCCUAUAAUGGCUUAGACUGCUCCUUCGACUCUUAUCCGGCAAACGAUGUAAAGGACCCGGAUGCUUACAAGACCGCCAUCGAUUCCUUGAAACCGGGCGACGCUAUCACUAUAUUUACGCCGGACACAACCCACUAUCCGAUAGCACUGUACGCUAUCGAGCGCGGGAUACACGUUAUGAUCACUAAGCCUGCCGUUAAAACCCUAGAGCAUCAUCAGGCGCUCAUCGAGGCCGCAAGAAAGCACAAUGUUUAUGUGUACAUCGAGCAUCACAAACGGUUCGACCCCGCGUACGCGGAUGCCAAAUUCAAGGCGCAGAAACUGGGCGACUUCAACUACUUUUAUAGCUAUAUGUCCCAACCAAAGUCUCAGCUAGAGACCUUCAAGGCGUGGGCCGGUAUCGACUCGGACAUAUCGUACUACCUAAACAGCCAUCACAUAGACAUAUGUGAUUCGAUGGUCUCGCCAGCGGGCUUCCUUCCCGCCAAGGUCUCUGCCUCGGCCGCAAAAGGCAUCGCUACAAGCUUGGGGUGUAGCGAGGCCACGGAGGACACCAUUACCGUGAUGGUUACCUGGCAGAAACAAGGCGACCCGAACAAAAUUGCUACGGGCGUGUAUACGGCCUCCUGGACCGCCCCGCAGAAAGCUGGCGUGCACUCUAACCAGUACUUCCACUACAUGGCAUCCGGGGGUGAAGUCCGUAUCAACCAGGCCAAGCGUGGCUAUGACGUCGCAGAAGACGCCGCUGGCCAACUCGUCUGGUACAAUCCGUUCUAUAUGAAAUAUGCGCCCGACGAAGAAGGGAACUUUAGCGGCCAGACCGGAUACGGCUAUAUAUCCUUCGAGAAGUUCGUUGACGGAUGCCGCUCUGUCAACGCUGGCACGCUCAAGCCGACUGAUCUGGAUGCCAGGGGACUUCCCACGCUUGCUAACACGAUCGCGACGACAGCUAUCCUCGAGGCAGGUCGGCGUAGCAUAGACGAGAACAGGGAGAUCAGGAUCGAGAUCAGCAACGGGGCUUGGAAGCUGGUAUGAACGGUGAUCACGGUGAAAAGAACACGCAUUCAAUUCUUCUAAUUGACCAACCGGCCUACUCGUAAUACUGCAUCGUAUAUUCGCGGUUUCAGUAAUAGCAUGGUGCAGAAGUGCAGUACCCAGAUCCAUCUUUAAAUACACGGCCGUGAAGUUUAAGGCAGCAAUUCUCAAUAGGUUUAAAUAACAUAGCUUAAUUCAACCCUACCCAGCUCUUACAGUACCUAAGGGAAACCCGGAUCUCUCGCCCGAGU